AUGUCACAGCGGACGCUCCAAUUGGGGCAGAUCACAAAAGCAGAAGUGACUCCUGGAGGCGACGAGUUUGUGUCUGCUAUUAUUGAUGAAAAAGGUGAACAGAAAGUAUCACCAGAUGGACAUCUGUCAGGUGGACGCGAAUACAGAGUUAAGACGUUUACACUUCCCAAUCGAGGCAACAAAUUAUAUAUGAUGGCUACUGACUGUGCUAAAGAACUAAACUACCGUGAUUCUUAUUUGCUAUUUAACAAGAACAAGUCACUUUAUAAACUGAUUGCAACUCAGCAGGAGAAAGAAGCCCUUAUCGAGGCUAAGCUAUUGCCGUACUCAUUCAGAUCUCGGCAGAUUGCCUUGGUCACUGCUCGAUCCAUGUUCAGACAGUUUGGUUCAAGAAUGAUUAACGACGGAAAACGAGUUCGCGAUGAUUAUUUCGAGUCGAAAGCAAUUGAACAAGGGUUUACUGAAGACGACGAGGUCAUGGUCGAGAAGAAAACUCUUCCCACUGGUAUCAGACCGGGAAUGCAACAAUCGCCAAGUCAGCAGUCUGACCAACAGUCUCAAAAUGGUAUGGAUGACGGCCCUCAGUUUCAUCUGCCUCAACAACCACAGCAACAACAACAAUCUGGUCGUUCUGGUGAUAUUCCAGGCGAUGGUCAGGGUCCACAAAAUCCAAACCCUCAACAGUUGAACUUGAGCCCCGAACAUUUGUUACAAAACCAACAGCAAAUAGGUGGGGUUAGUAUGUCACCCCAGCUGUCUAACCAACUACCUAACCAGGGUAAUAACGCUCCCAAUCAACCAAGUAAUACCCAAUUUGUGAACGCUAAUAUUGUCAACCUGUCUCCUCAACAAGCUCAUGGUCAAGCUGGUGGUGUAGCUGGAAGUAUGUCCCCUAGUAUGGGAGUUCUUAACAACCCAUCAUCGGCAGCAGCAGCAGCUGCUGCUAAAAGAAGGAAACGAAGUCGAGUACCUUCGAAACCAAGCCCACAACAAGCCAAUCUACCACCCCCACCGCCACCUCCACAAGCUCAACAGAUCCCCCCUCAACUUCCAGUAAUACCACCGCUGAACAUCAUCAACCCGAUUGAUGCCUUGAAUAUGCAACGACAAACUGUUCGACAGCCCGAACCUCCAAGUGCAGCUGAAAGAGCUGCCAUGGCUGCUGCUCCUCAUAUCCUGUCUCAGUUAGGACUGCCUUCAGCUUCAUUCAUUCCAGGAUCAGGCAUCCAUGGUUCGAUAGACUUCCAAGACGUUCCCAAAGACAAUUCAAAUAUGGCUGCUAUUGCAGCAGUGGUAGCAGCAGCAACUGCUGCUGCUGCCUCUGGCAAUACUCCAAGUCGGAACACAGUAGCUGAUGAUCUUAGUACUCCCGCUGAUAGUGGGAAAGACUCAGCUAUUAAUGGUACACCCAAGACUGAACUUGACACAUCUGCCGGGUCUGCUACUCCUGGUACAGGACGAACAAACCAUUUUCCACAUUCUGGACCAGGAUCUCGUUCAGCAGGUGCAAGUGAGGUUGCUGCGUUACUUGGCUUUGGUCAUACUACGACUACUCAUGGACACCAUAGUCAUCAUGCUAAUGUCAAUACCACAAGUCAACGUGUUAAUAUUGGCGCUGUGCUUAAUAGUCAGCAGGCUGUUGCGCAAUACAACAACUAUCUAGCACAAAAGAGAAAAGAUCGCAAUGCGCUCUGGACUGAGUUCUGGCAGGAAAAGAUUGAAAAUACAAAGGCUAUUGUCAAAGCUGAAGAAGAAGAAUAUCUACGAGUACUUAAGGAGAAAGCUGAAAACGAGAAUAAUAGUAAUGAUGAGAACGAUGAUGACGACGACGAUGAUGCUGGAUUUAUCCGUCGGGUGAGACAAAAGCGUCAAGAAAAGCCUGAUCCAUUCCCAGUAUCACUUAUUUUCAAGUCUCGUAAGGGUGGUCUCGAAGCAGAGAAACCUCCUCCAUUUGAAAUGCCCAUUCCUCCAUUAAUAUUGCGAACACAACAAAGGAUGCAGAUUGAGAAACAACUUCACCAACUCCAACAGAUGCGCCAAGAGGGCGGUCCUCCUAUUCCCAUUCCACCAGCCCUUGUCGCUGCACAAAUCCGAGCUGGAAUGGCUCCUGGAGGCCCCAAUCUGACAUUCCAACACCCACCACCGAUGCCGCCACAAAACCUACCACCCGGACAACAUCCCAUGCCACCUUUCCCACCCGGUUCCCAACACGCUUUUGCUGCCCAACAACAGCAUUCUCAAUCGCACAUGAAAGCCGGAGGACCACAGUUUGCACCACCCGAGCAGCAACCGACCAACUGGCGUGGCCAGGCCGCUGCAUGGAACAACUACACCUAG